AAAUUGAUGUAAAACUAUAACAAGUACUCAAAAAUCUACUAUUCUCUGACUUGGCAAUUUCCACCUUCACAUAAGCGGGCGGCCAUAUAAUCCUACGCUACUCACGGGUAGCAUGGUAACUUAAACCGUCAACAAAAAACAAACCAAAAAAUGCAAUUUAAAUGGUUUUAGCAGAAUGCUUAGUCUUAAUUAUAGUGCAAUAUUCCUGCUGUUGGUCGGGGCCAUUACUCUGUGCCAUGCAUCCAAUGGUGACCGUACUCAAUUCUUUCACAACUGCCGGCAAAACUGCGAGCGAACCAACUGCUCUGCAGAUGGCCUGGAAAUACAGGAGCAGGCCGUGAACUUUUAUAAGCAGUCGAUAUUCGAUCAGAUUUUUCAGUGGAGCUGUGCAGAUGAGUGCCAGUAUGGCUGCAUGUGGCGGACUGUGGCUGCCUUUGCGGAACGAGCGUGGCCCAUACCACAGUUCUAUGGCAAAUGGCCUUUUCUUAGAAUGCUUGGAAUGCAGGAGCCGGCCUCAGUCAUAUUCUCAAUGUUAAAUUGUAUCAUGCAUUUCCGAAUGCUGCGCAAGUUUCGACGAGAAGUGCGUCCAGAUAGCCCAUGUUACAUGCUGGCUCAUAUAUUCGGAGUGACGUGUCUGAAUGGAUGGAUCUGGUCUUCAAUAUUCCACACGAGAGACUUUCCCUUGACUGAACUGCUGGAUUAUGCUUUUGCCUAUUCUAUAGUGCUCUGCACUUUCUACUGCAUGGUGAUGCGAAUGCUUCAUCGAUACUCGCUGUUCCUACGCGGUGUGAUCACGCUGGCCAUUGUCUCCUACUACAUUAACUACUUUGCCUACCUGAGUGUCGGCAAAUUCAACUAUUCCUUCAAUAUGAAAGUGAAUAUUGCCACCGGAGUUCUGUCCGCCUUGGGCUGGUUCAUCUGGUGUCACAGAGUGCGCACUCGGCGGCCCUACUUCAGGAGGAUUCUCCGAUUUUAUAUACUUUUUGCUUUGGCAAUGAGCCUUGAGCUGUUGGACUUUCCGCCCAUUUGCUGGAUUCUCGAUGCCCAUGCAUUGUGGCAUUUUGCCACAGUCCCAUUGGUUUCGCUCUACUACAAUUUCAUGAUCGAGGACUGCAGAACACUGCGAAAGGAGAAGGUCUUGUCGGGCGGCUACUCUUCGUACUUCAACAAGGACAUUUAGAAAAUAACAAAUUCGCUUCGAUCACGCUUUGUUUACAGAUACUGUAUAGCAACAUGUAUUUAUUUAUAUAAAAUCCAAUACCAAAAACAUCCAUUCUA